AAAACCCUACAAAGUCCAAUUCUUAAAAUCAGGCGAAGGAACUCCUCCUGACUCACUCACUCACCCGCUCCAACAAAACCCAUUUCUUCUCAAAACCUUAUAGUGAUCGCGUGAUCUCAUCUUUCUUCUUCUUCUUCUUCAAAUUGCUAUUAACUCUGUGAUGGGGAACUUCGAUAUGCUUCCAGGAGAGAUCGUCUUCAACAUUUUAACACGUUUACCAGCUGAAUUAGUUCUAGAGUGCAAGUUAGUGUCUAAAUCUUGGAAUAAGGUUGUUAGUUAUCCAUCAUUUUCUCAAACUCACUUGGAUCGCUGCCUUGAGGAUCUUGAUUCUGGUGGUAAGUCUACUUUCCUGUUGGUGAAUGACGAUUUUGUUUAUUCGAGUUUUUCCUACAGAAAGUUUCAUUAUUUAGAAUAUCAUGAUGACAGUUCGUCAGAGAACCCACCUUUUUAUAGAGUUAAAAGAAUGAAAAUAAACCCUGCUCCGUAUAUGUAUUACUAUCUUGCUGGUGCAUGCAACGGUUUAAUUUGUCUAAAUGGAUGCCCUGAUAAUGACUGGGUCAACUAUGAGCCUGUUUAUAUCUGUAAUCCUAUCACCAGGGAAUGUGUGUAUUUGCCUGUAUUUGAGAGAACACCUGGUCUUCUAGCUCAUUCUCAUGGUGACCGAUUGCUCUCUGGUUUCGGUUCGACUAAUGAGUACAAGGUUGUUAGAAUGUUUAACUUGCUGGGAGAACCCAAUUUUUUACAAGUUGAGGUGUACACACUGGGCAGUGGCAAGGGAUGGAGGAACUUACAGAAGAAAUUCAACAAAAAACUGGAUUCGUUUAAAUGUGUCCGUGGUGUGUUUGUGAAUGAAUCUCUUUAUUGGAACCUUAAAACAGGCAAGUGCAACGUUGUCGCUUUUGAUUUGGCUAAUGAAAUUUUUGUCGAAAUACCUGAAGCUUUUCCCACUUCUUCGGAUUAUAUAUUCGGGCCAUUGGGGGGUUCGGAUUAUAUACUCAGGGUAUUGGGGGGUUAUUUAUCAGCUGUCCGCUAUGAUAAUUAUUGGAAAACAUCUGAGUUAUUGCUUUUGAAGAAGAAGGAAGAAGACGGAUCAUUAAGUUGGAUAAAAGAGUUCGCUUUAAGCAACACGGAUACGCAUCAAUCACUUGCCCUCUCGUGUAGGGGUACAGUUCUAUGUCACUCAGGCACAAAGGUCCAAAUUCAUGACCUAAAUUCUUUAUCCUCAAAACUACUUGUGGAUUUUGGCAAGGAAAGGUAUAUAUAUGAAACAAUCCCGCAUAUGAACACCUUGGUUUCACUGAAAGCAUUAGGAGAGGAGACUACGAAAACAAUGGAAACGGUUGACGUACCAAGAGAUGUAGAUGAAGUAUACAAGGAACUGCCAAGGAAUGCAUCUGCAGGCACCUACAUUUAAUCUGUUUUCUCUUAGCCUGUUUCUUUCAAGGCCAAGCAUUUGGGAUUGUUUUGCUUCAUCAGAAUGGUUACAUCUGGUUCUGCACCGUUACCAGCAACCUAUCAGUGCAAUACUAGCCUCUUCAACAUAUCGAACUUUUGUGCUGUUGUUGGGAUAGUAAUCUUUUCUUUCUCAAUUAGUUUCCUUGGAUUUGUUUAUUUUAGGAUAUGUACUGUAUUUGUCUGGAUCCCACCCAAGCAGAUUUGAAUUUGGGCAUGACUUCCCCUCUAUCUUUUGCUAUUUUAUAUGAAGUUGAUUGCUAUUUAUGAGAUGAUUUGGAUUAAGCAAGUUAA